UGAUUGAGUAAUCGAGAUAAUCUUCUAUUGUUUCUCCAGAGCUUUAAAUUACCCGUUAAAUUAGUUAUUAUUAUUUUUAUACCGCAGUUUUAUGUACAUGAUGAAUCGAUGAGAACUUGUAUAAAGACUUCACUAAACCAAAUUAAUGUUCAUGUUAGCGGGUACAGCUCAUGAGGACUUGGCCACACUGACAGUAAACCUUCCCACCAUUUCAAAAGUUAAGAUUCCUGUGUGUGUGUUUCCUGAUGGCUGACGCAAGUCUACGAUCAGCAACACCGAGAGAGUUAGAGAGCACAUUGACUAGACUAGAGGUCAUCUGGGAUGACAUUGGUAUGCCAGACGAACAACGGGAGAUUAGAAGAGGACAUUUCUUUGGUCACAUUGCUAAUUUGUGUGAUAAAGUUGUUGAUGGUGAAAGAGCACUGAAGAAUCAACUCACCAACAGUAUUGAGCAAAACACUCGAGAUGUAUUGAAACUGUGUGAAGAGCUGUGUAUGAAGCCUGAAGAGGAUGUGGAGGGCCUCACCUUGCUGGAGUUGGACGCCCUGAUGCAGGAGCGUGUGGAGAAACUACAGCAAAUAAUGAAUGAGAGACUGGAGACUCUGAGACACCUACAGGAGAAGGAUGAGGGUCUGUGUGAGGUGCUGAAUGAGACUCCAUAUUACAUUCCAUCUGGUUUUGUGCCGUCCACAGAUGAUUUGAAGGCGGUGGAAGAGCACGUCAGGUCCAUGGAGAAGGAAAAGGUGGAACGAGAGAAAACAUUCAGAUCACUAAAGGCAGGAUUAUUGAAGUUUUUAGAACAGUUGGAGCAGUCACCUGAAGACACCAUCUCACAGGAAGUUAUCUGCUGUGAUAAUGAAGACAUUCCUCUUAGCAAGGUUGACUUACAGUAUCUUAAGACUGUCCACAGUGACCUUGAGUUCCGUGUUCAGGAGAAUAAGGCAAAAUCAGAGGAGCUGCGAGAAAAGAUUGCCAAUAUUUGGAGUAUGCUUGAAGUCCCUCGUGAAGAGCAGCAAGCAUUCUUGGCCACUGCUCCUAAACAUACACCUUCAAACAUAGCAAAGCUGAACGAAGAACUUGAAAGGCUGCUGCUUCUACGUCAUCAGAAUUUGUCCCUGCUUGUGGAAAAGCUCCAGAAGGAGCUGAGCUUGUGGUGGGACAAGUGUUAUGUUGACAUCAAAGAGAGGGACUCAUUCUUAACAAUGUUUUCAGAUGAAGCUAAUGAAGACAAACUGUCUGCCUAUGAAAGAGAGAUAAAGAAGUGGAAAAAAUAUUACAUGGAAAAUAGUGAAUUACUGGGAAUGGUUGCAACCUUCCUCACUUUAUUUGGCAACAUGCUUGAGCUAGAGGAGAGAGCUAAGGAUCCCAGUCGGCUGUUCAACACAAGAGGAGGAGCUCUGCUACAGGAGGAGAAGGCCAAGAAAAAAGUAAAAGCUGAGCUGCCACGUGUGGAAGAGCGAAUUAUUGCCAGUACUCUGGCCUUAGAGGAACAGGAGGGUCGGCCUUUUAUGAUAUAUGGUAUGGAGAUCACCCAGUAUCUGGAGGAACUCUGGCAGUCCCACAAUGUGAAGAAGGAGGUUGAGAAGACUAAGAGGCAACAAGCAAAGGUUGCAGAUAACAAACGUGGGACAAAUCUUGUUGCAUCACACAUUAGGACCCCUGGACCACUGGCCUCCACUAAGAAGAGAGGGCAUGAAGGGGAUGACCCUGCUAGCAGCAAGAGAUCCAAACACUUAACACCUUCUGUAGGAGGAGUCAUAUUUAAAUCCCCCUCAAAAUCUGCAGUUCAAACACCCUUGACGACCCCACAAGGCAAGCCACUGAUGGAGUAUAAUGGCCAGAGGGUCUUGAACCUUGUCACUUCAACCACAACCGAUGCUUCCCUACACUCCACACUUAGUUAUGACAAGUUUGAAGCUGGUAUUGGUGAGAGAUGUCAAGAUGAAAUUAUCCACUCCUCUGUUCUGGAAUCAGCCACACCCUCGCCAAGCUACUUCCCUGCAUUUGAUCAGUUACGAGAGAGAAGACUGCGGGAUACCUUGCAUCUUGCCUCCCCAGUCAAGGGACAGCACAGAGGGAAGAUUCCACCAUUUGUUUGUAGAACAUCUGCUUUUGGGAGUUCACUGCGACGAGUGGCCUCUCAGCCGUGCCUCAGCAUCAAAUUACGUGGGACAGGUUUGCGUCCCACAAAUAAACAAAUUCCAAAAUUUUUUGGGAAUAAAGAACACCCAGUUAUGUUCCUGAUGUAAAUAUUAAUGAUAUUCUUCUUUCAUCUGCACUUCACAUAUACCUAGGCUACCAAAUGGUGCUGAAAUACACUAUUUGGUACUUUUCUU